GCGGGCGCUAUGACCCUGCGGAAGAGUGCUGGCAGUUGAUGGCGGCGCGGACUCGGUAGGGUGGACUCUGCCGCUGUAUGCCCGACUGUGCUCCCGCUCCGGCGGCUGCACUACCAUCCGGUUUCCCCUCCCCUUUCUCCUCCUCCUCCUCCUUCCAGCCCCCUGCUCCGAGACCAUCGGCGUGGACCCCAGUGCUUCCCCGCCCCGCCCGGCACUCACUCGGAAUGGCGACCGAAAUGGAUUCGCUGGGCUCGGCUGCAGAGAGUACGGCAGCGCCCGGCGGCGGCCUGGACGCCGACGAUGAUGAAGAGAACUGGCUGUACGGAGAUGAAAACCCUGGAAAACAAGAAGAGGUGGCUUUGGUUGAUGGGGGUGAAGAUUCUUUAAAAUCGCUGCAGGAGCCGUCACAAGAAUUCAAAGUCAGCAAUUUGGAAAUGGCUGAGGCUGCUUCACAAAAUGGUGAUGAGGAUGACAGUGACAGCGACAGUGAUGACGAUGAUGUGAAGGUCACUAUUGGCAACAUUAAGACAGGUGCACCACAAUAUAUGGGGACUCCGAUGAACUUGAAUCUGAAGAGUGGACGGCCUUAUGGCUCUUCUGCAGCAAAGUUGCAUUCCCGAGGUAUUGACUUAGAUGCCCCUGGGAGCAUCAAUGGGAUUCCAGUGAUUGAGGCAGAUUUAGAUUUGUUUGAAGACAAACCUUGGAGAAAACCAGGAGCUGAUCUUUCUGAUUAUUUUAAUUAUGGCUUCAAUGAAGAGACGUGGAAAGCUUAUUGUGAGAAACAACGAAGACUCCAGUUAGGACUUGAUCCUAUACUUGCAUCUGCUUCAGAGAGCAAAAAAUUGGUUCAGCAAGGGAAAGUGAGCAACAUAGAGAAGGAUCUGGAAAAUAAUUUACCCAAAAUGGAAUUGAAAGCUGAUUUUACAUCUCCUCCUGGUGGAAGGAUGAAAGCAGGCCCACCGCCUAAUAGUUUUUCCUCCAGAAAACUUGCUGGCGCGAUUGACGUUAUUAGUGGAUACACUGGUUCCAUCAGGAGGGUAGAAGGAAGGCGACGAGACAAACAUGGAGGAGAUGAGAGUGCAAUUCAGGUUCUUGGAGACCAUGGAAACAAAAGACCACCAUUUCCAGCUCCCACAGGUCCUCCUCCUCCAAUACCUGGACCACCCCCUCAUUUCUUGCAUCCACCCCCUCCUGUCAGCAGUGGACCACCACCCAUGCACCCACCAGGUAAGAUGCUUUGAUUAUGUUUACUUUUU